AAUGAGGAGGCGGCGGGGGGGCGAGUGACGUCCGGCGCCGCCAAUCGGAAGCGGAGGAGCCGCGGGCCUAUCGGGGCGCGGGCCUCCCGGCCGGGUGACCAAUCGGGAGGCGAGGCGGCCGCGGCGGCCGGCCAAUCGGCGGACAGAGCUCGGACGGGGGCCGCUCCAGAGGGAAGACUUGGGAAUGUCCUACAAACCCAUCGCGCCUGCGCCGACCAGCACCGCCGGCUCCAGCGGCACCGGCACCGGCAACCCCAUCCCCCCAGCCACGAACGUCCCGUCGCCCUCCGGCUCCGCCCCGGGAACCGCCGCCCCUUUCCGGCCACUGUUCAAUGACUUCGGGCCGCCCUCCAUGGGUUACGUGCAGGCGAUGAAGCCGCCCGGCGCGCAGGGGUCUCAGAGCACCUACACGGACCUGCUGUCCGUCAUCGAGGAGAUGGGCAAGGAGGUCCGGCCCACCUACGCCGGCAGCAAGAGCGCCAUGGAGCGGCUCAAACGAGGUAUCAUCCACGCCCGGGCACUGGUCCGAGAGUGUCUGGCAGAGACAGAGCGAAAUGCCCGCACGUAACAGCUAGCGUCCGUCCCCCACCCGACCUCGCCCCCCCGCCCCGGACCGGUCCACUCCCCCACCGCCUGCCAUCUCCACGGUCGGAGAAGCGUUCGGAUCCCCCCGGCGGAGCCUCCUCGGCCAGUGGCCGGGGGCCACUCCGGCCCCUCUCCCGCCCUCCGCCGAUCACCCUGCUCCUCCCUUCCCUCGGCUCCCCCCUCCCCUUCCUCCACCCCCAACGGCUGGGCCUUGGCACCUCUUUUCUCGGCGUCUUUUACUAAAACGUUCUUUUUCUAUGAACCAAUAAAGGAAGCUUUGGAGUUUU